AUGAAGAUAAGGGGAUGUUCAAUCGAAACAUUCAGAUUAAAGCAUGAUACGGUAGUUCAAAAUUUUUUAUUGAAAUCGUCAACGCCAAUAAAUCUUGUAAAUAUCAAGGCGCCGAUGUCUCAAAGAACAGUGCCAAUUCUACCAAAUCAGUAUAUAGUGGACAAAACUGAAACAUACCAAGCAGACUUUAGGAACUAUAAAGAAUUUGGGAGGCGUCGUUAUAGUAAAGAAUACUAUCCAAGCUAUAUACGAAAUAUUUUGCCCGAAAAUCCUACUGACAUUAAAGGUGUUGAUCAAGCAGUAUACAAACAUGUCCAUAGAAAGCAAAUACUAAAAAAGUUGCCUACUUUAUUAUCAAGCAAGUUCUUUACAUUGAAAUUCUUUCCGGAACUGCACCAUGUAUCGUUGGCCAGAAAGUCUAAUAUAGCAUAUACAUUCACAAAUCGUGGAGGCUUUAAUCUUAACGAUCCUCUGCUUGCCAAAUCAUUAACAGAAUAUAAGGGAAAGUAUAAAAAGCUUGCUUUUUUUCAAGAAAAAUUAUGCCCGCUAGACACAGCCGUCGGUAGGGCGAAAUAUAGAAAGUUCAUAAAGCGAUCAUUAUUCCAAUCGUUGCACAAGUUUGUGAAAACAUCAAGAGAUUUGGAUCAAGUAAGAGGCGUGUUUUUUUCAGAUUUUCAAUUGUUCCAGCUACAGAGAGUGAUAAACAACAGAUAA